UCUCUUGUGUUGUUUUAUACAUAAUUCUUUUAUUUCUGUAAUCCUAUCUCCACUCGUUUGUUUCAUAUUUUCAGGUGAAAGCAGUCUUACAAGAUUUUUAUGAAGCAAUGUUUCCACUUUCAUCUCAGUUUGAGUUGCCUUCAGAUUAUAGAAAUAGGUUCCUACACAUUGACAAGUUGAAAGAGUGGCGCAGAUUUCGAGAUAUCAUACGCCUAGCAACAUAUAUGAGUGUAUUCUUGUUGCUGGUAUUCUGUGUGGUUUCUUACUUCACAUCUGAGGGGAUUGUUCAGGCUGAAAUGUGGAUUACUACCAAUACCUUUGUCGCUCAUUAUCUGCAUGAUCUGGCUGUAUUUUCCUCUUGUGGAUAUUAUGUACCUCCCCUGGCAAUUCUACACACACAUCCGUUUGCCUUUGACUGGGGUCAACAAAGACUGGAGAUUUGAAGAACCACCAAGAAAGUGUUUAAGUUAUGAACCUAUCUUUUGCUGGUUGUGGCUUUUUAGGUUUAUAUCACGUUGGUGUUGCUAGCUGCUUUCGAGAAUAUGCCCCACAGGUUUUGGUCGAAAAGAUUGCCGGAGCAUCUGCAGGAGCGCUGGCAGCCUGUUGUUUAAUAUGCAACGUUCCUUUAGGUGAAAGUACAACAGAUGUACUGAAAAUUGCUGUAAAAGCCAGAGCUCGUGCUCUAGGACCUUUUCACCCAGGCUUCGAUAUUAACAAUAUUUUGCAUGAUGGUUUAACCAACAUGUUUCCUGAAGAUGCUCACAUACGGUGCAAAGGACGACUCCACAUUUCAGUCACCAGGGUGUCUGAUGGAGAAAAUGUAUUGCUUACUCAGUUUGAUAGUAAAGAAGACCUGAUUCAGGCUUUGUUAUGUAGCUGUUUCAUUCCAUUCUACACAGGAAUAUUGCCACCAAAGUUCCAUGGAGUUGCUUACAUGGAUGGUGCAUUUAGCAACAACCUACCAGUUUUAAAUGAGAAUACCAUCACUGUCUCUCCAUUUAGUGGAGAGAGUGAUAUCUGCCCCCAGGACAACAACUUUAGCAUAAUGCAGAUUAGUCUAGCAAACACAAAUAUAGCU